AUGUCCUCAGUGGAAACGGUGCAGAUCCUCCUGGGAUCCAGAUGUUACCUAGUUCCCCGCGACCAGCUGGUGGCUCAAAGUGGCUUUUUUCAAGCUCUUUUCCGCUCAGGGAUGAGGGAGAGUACCGGUGAGGUGGUGACUUUGCAUGGGCUUACCCAUGAAGGGCUCGAAGGUGUUCUGCGUCACAUCACAGGAGGACCAGUGCAGGCGUGCAGCCCUGCAGAAGAAGUGAAGUGUGGACUCAAGGCACUAACCAGCGAACAUUCUUCAGGGCAAGAUGAGCCAAGUUUUGUCCAGGAGGACUUUUCCCAGGGCCCGCUGCAGGCAUUGGUGGAAGCCGCCUGUUACUUGCAAGUUCAGGGCCUGUUGUCUCUUUUGCAGUCCUCGUUGUCAGUGGACACCUGCCUGGACCUACUGGACGUGUCACACAGCUCCAUGGCCAGUGGGAUCUGGCCACAGCCUGCUUCAGCUACAUGGCUGCUCACUACCACUGUAUGCUGCAGAGAGCGGACUUUCAGGAGAGCCCUGAAUCUCUCAAAGAGCAAGUCAUCCAGGAGCGUCUGCGAGGUGUGCCAUCACUGCUGCUUUUGUCACAGCAGGGAGCUGAUUCUUGGGUGCUCCUGCGAUACCUGGAGGUCGGAGGAGGGUGGCAGGUCAUGCCCAGUGACGUUCCACAGAGCAUGCUGCGGGUGCAGAGCUAUGGAGCAGCCUCACUCAACAACUAUCUCUUUGUGGCCGGAGGGACCCGUGAGAAUGGACAGGAGGUGAGCGCUGUCCACUCCUAUAACCCGAGCACUGGAUUCUGGAGUGAAGAACCUGCCAUGAACCAGAAAAGGUAUAAUUUCCGGCUCCUCGCAGUGGGCGGGUCCCUCUAUGCUGUCGGUGGCCAGUCUUUACAGACCAUGGAGUCCUUCAACCCAGCACAGAACACGUGGAACUUAGCAGCCCCCCUUCCAGACCCCCUGGUGGAGUUCUCAGCCUGUGAAAGUCUGGGGAAGAUCUAUGUAGUUGGUGGUUACACCCCACGAGGACGAAACCUGAAGGUGUUGCGGUACUGCCCCUUGGCUGACCAAUGGUCGGAGUUUGACAUCUGGCGACAUCACGUCCGGAAGCAGCAGAUGGUGUCCAUCGAGGAGACUUUGUACUUGGUAGGCGGAUUCAUACGGGAUGGUCAGUCCGGACAGAGCGAGGACUCCCUGAACGUACAUUCGUAUGACACUCGGACCAAGGAGUUCACCUGCCUCAAAGUGAACACCUCCAAAUCGGGGCUGAGCAUAUGCUGCACCCUGCACAAUGACGGCAUCUACAUCCUGAGCCGCGACGUCAACCCCGGCACGCUGGGCAAGCAUCGUGUGUUCCUCAAGUACUGCGUGUUCACGGAGGUCUGUGAGUACGUUCGCGGAGCCCCAUCUGAGGGCCACAACAUGCACUUGUUUUCUGUUUACCUUUCCUAG